UGCCAUUGAAGCUCAGGAACAAAGGGCAAAGUAAAUUGGCAGCUUCUCAGGUCUUUGCUAAUUUUACUUUCCUAAAACUCCUCACUCCACUCCAAAAGUCUUCAACCAACCUCUCAAAAGAUCAACAAGAGAAAUGGCCCCUGUCGUCCCGGUCGAGGUUUUCCCUACCGCUGGGAAAAUCCCGGCCCUCGUCCCCAAAAAAGCUUACGUCACAUUCUUAGCCGGUAACGGUGACUACGUCAAAGGUGUUGUCGGUCUGGCUAAGGGUUUGAGAAAGGUGAAGAGUGCGUACCCUCUUGUGGUGGCGAUCUUGCCCGACGUCCCAGAGGACCACCGCGAGCUCUUAAGAGCACAGGGUUGCAUUGUGAAGGAGAUUGAACCAAUAUAUCCACCUGAGAACCAGAUUCAGUUCGCCAUGGCUUACUAUGUGAUCAACUACUCCAAGCUCCGUAUAUGGAACUUUGAGGAGUACAGCAAGAUGGUGUACCUUGAUGCCGACAUCCAAGUUUACGACAACAUUGACCAUCUCCUCGACAUGCCUGACGGUCACUUCUAUGCUGUAAUGGACUGCUUCUGCGAAAAGACGUGGAGCCACUCACCACAAUACUCCAUCGGAUACUGCCAACAGUGCCCCAAUAAGGUGACUUGGCCUGCCGAGAUGGGCUCUCCUCCUCCACUCUACUUCAACGCAGGCAUGUUCGUGUUUGAGCCGAGCAAAGCCACAUAUGAAAACCUUCUUGAAACUCUCCGCAUCACCCCACCAACGCCGUUUGCUGAGCAGGACUUCUUGAACAUGUUCUUUGAGCCGAUCUACAAACCGAUUCCUCUGGUGUACAACCUCGUUCUUGCAAUGCUAUGGCGCCACCCAGAGAAUGUUGAACUCGAAAAAGUUCAAGUCGUUCACUACUGCGCUGCUGGAUCGAAGCCGUGGAGGUAUACAGGCAAGGAAGCUAACAUGGACAGAGAAGACAUCAAGAUGCUCGUCGAGAAAUGGUGGGAAGUUUACAACGACGAGACCCUCGACUUCAAGCCCGAAGAUUCUAUUGCAGGGGAAGAGGCCUUCUCAAGGCCAUCAAUCAUGGCUUCCAUGCCUGAGCCGGCAGUAUCAUACAUCCCUGCCCCUUCUGCUGCUUGAAACUAAAGAAGAAAGGAGUUCGUCUACAAAUCCACGCAACUCCGUCUUAAUUAUCUGAUGACUACUUUUUUGUAGGCCACUUGGCCUAUUUUUGGUGUGCAAGUGAACAAUAUUCCUAAGUUUGGUUUCUUCUUGAUUUCAAUCUUUAUGUACCUAGCAGUAACGGAGGAGUGUAACUCUUCUGCUGCAAUUAUUAUAAAAGUCUUUCUCAUAUAUCCA